AUGUACUCCGCACAGCCUAACGCUGCUGACAGUGCGACAAUCAAUCCUGCUGCUCUCGCAUCGUCCGAUCUGCUAGAUCAGAACUCAAGAGGCGUCAAGAGGAGCCGGUCGCCGGGCACGUACGAAGCGCCGUCCCCUGGUCUGGCUGGGGAUGAAGAUCGAAACCCCAGGAAACGCGGAAAACCCAUGAAAUCGAAUCUUCCCGGAUCUAUCUCAGAAAGUCCUACCCAGGCGCCAGUUCCGAUGCAACAAUCAAUCCCACCCCAGACCCCUCAAUCCCAAAAUGCACCUCUCCCGGGACCACAACCCAGCUAUACGCCAUCCCAGGCGUCAGCUUCCUCGCCGCCCAAGCCCACCCCGACCAAGUCGACCCUGAAGGCGCUGCCCACGGUGCGGGACCACACCACGGAUCAGCUCGGCCCAGGGGGCGACGAGUACCUGCCCCGCGAAAUCGACGAGAGCGGGGAGAAGAAGGUCAUGCCCAACGGGCAGCUACUAGGGGGCCGCGAGUAUCGCUGUCGAACGUUCCUCGUCCCGAACCGAGGAGACAAACUCUUCAUGCUGGCGACCGAGUGCGCGAGAGUUCUCGGAUAUCGCGACUCAUACCUGCUUUUUAACAAGAACCGAUCUUUGUUCAAAAUCAUCGCCAACCAAACGGAGAAGGACGACCUCGUCAGCCAGGAGAUUCUUCCAUUCUCGUACAGGUCGAGACAAAUAGCAAUUGUCACGGCACGCAGUAUGUUCCGUCAGUUCGGCAGCCGAGUCAUCGUGAAUGGCCGGCGAGUCCGAGACGACUACUGGGAAACGAAAGCCAGGAAACAAGGCUUCACCGAGGCCGAUCUGGCUGGGGAGAAGAGGCCUGGCGCGUCUAAGGCCCGAGAGGCGGCGGCGGCGGCUGAGCAGAAUGCGUCCCUGCUGGGUGGUCCCCAGGGAGAGAUAGUUUACAGCAACAACCCGGCACAGUUCGGUGGUGCUCCGCAUCCCCAGCUCAUACAACAAGAAUAUCCUGACUCCCGACGGACCGACUACUCGUCCAUACUGAAGACUGGGCCUCGGCAGGAGAUCACAGGCCCUCCUUACCAGGACAGAUCUCAGCCAACCGCGAUGCCUGAGAUCCACGCGCAAGCCCACCAUGCUGCAGAGUACAACCGAUCUGUCAACCAACAGCGUGAAAUGCGGACCGAUUACAUGAACAACAUGUGGCGAAGGCCUCAUGAGCAGCCCGUAUCCGCGGCCUUGACCCAGCCUGUCAGUGUUGGUACCGCUGACGCAAGCAUCCCAACGUCCCGUGCCACGCAGUCGCCGCACGCGACGUCGGCAGGGAUGCCGCAGCAGCACUCCGGGCUAGUCCCAAGCCAGAGUCCUCAGCUAAUGAUGACUGCGCCGCCGUACUCGACCCCGAUUCAGGCCCAAAACCCCAUAAGUCAGUCAUCGACGAUGAGAGGUAUGGCCCAAGUUCCAAGCCAGCCGCAAUCAAAGCCAACAAGCUUGUCUUCAGGGUCCACCGGCAGCAUGCCGCAGGCGGCUCAGGGCUAUGGAUAUCAGCCUUCGAGCCAGAUGUGGCCACCAACGCCACAGACACCUCAAUACGGGUAUACCCACAAUCAGCAGGCGCAGCAGUCCCCCCACCCGCCACAGAGCUCCACGUCACAGAUGCGACACUCGAGCACCUCUGGCUCGGUACCGCAAGGCGGCAUGCCCUACUCCGGCAUGCCGGGAAUGGCACAAGGCUACCCUGCGCCAUCGCCGUACGACCAUCAAACGCCGCGUCAAUACAUGCACCAAGGCUCGACCCCCUCACCAGCUGUCACGCAGGCAUGGUCAGGGCAGCAGCAGCAGCCGCAGCAGUGGUGGACACAGCAACCUCAGUAG